CGGAAUUUUGGAGUCGUUAUUCUCAGUCGUACAUUUUUAACAUUGAUGUUACACGUUUUAUAAAGUAAAUAAUUUUAAAAUGUCUAGUGAAAAGUUAAGUUGUGUCAUUUGUAAAAAAAGUGAUAAUAAAGUGAUUGCGUUUGUAGAAAAAACUCUCAAUAAAAGUCAUGAAGUGUUAGAAAUCUGUAAAUAUCAUGGACUAAAAUAUAAUAACGUGGUUUUGCCAGUGAUUCCUAACCUUACAGAUGGUUAUCAUACAAGUUGUUAUAAAAAUUUUUUAGCGUUGAUGAAAAAAUACUAUGACAAUGCUGUGAUAAGAUCUAAUGUUUCUACUCCUAUAAAAGACAAUUUAUUAUCCGAUGAUUCCCCUCAACAAAGUACGUUUACCACCGUGCAAAGCUGAAUUACAACAACAUCUUUUACGAACGCAAUAUAUAACGAGUAUUUGGAGAAAUGCAUAUUUACGAUUCCCCAGCUCUUUGACACCGGAUAGAAACGGAUGGGCACUUAAUGAGGAUACGCUAGAUUUUCACUGGUUUGACGGAGAUUGUAUACCACAAUCAGUAUUCGACGCUCUUGUCCAUGACAAUAAUAAACAAAAUGAUAUUGGAAAUGUUAUUGCAGAUGAUGCAGAGGAUGAUGAAGCGGACACAGAUGAAUCUGAAGAAGAUUCUGAUAGCUCUGAUGAAGGAGCAUCCACAGAUGAAGAAUAACAAUUUAUUUAUGAAUUAAAUUUAUAUUUUUGUACUCAUAAUUUUGCCGUUGUAUAAUUAUUUUCUCUCAAUAAAUCCGAUUUUGUAAUUGUCUAUUUUUG